AUGAUUGGUGAAGGUGAGGAUGUGACGUUGCCAAAGGCUACGGUUCAAAAAAUUAUAUCUGAGAUUUUAGAUCCCGAUUUUACUUUUGGUAAAGAAGCUAGAGAUAUGAUAAUAAAAUCUGGGAUUGAAUUUUUGAUGAUUCUGUCAUCAAUUUCUUCGGAAAUGGCAGAAAGUGAUUCGAAGAAAACUAUUGCUCCAGAACAUGUGUUGAAAGCAUUGGAAGCAUUGGAAUAUGAUGAAUUUGUUCCUAUAUUAAGCAAGAUAUUAGUCGAAUUCAAAGGUUCAAUGAAGGUGAAAGAAAGGAAAGAUUCAAAGUUUAAGAAAUCGGGUUUAUCUGAAGAAGAGUUACUACGACAACAAGAGGAAUUGUUUAGAAAAUCAAGAUCGAAAUUAAAUAACACUAAGUAA